AUGAACAGAACUUUGUGGACUGAAUUCAUUCUUCUUGGACUUCUGAAUCACACGGUGAUACAUACAGUUUUCUUUGGGGCGAUCCUAUUGACUUUUUUUGUUGCCUUACUGGGAAACUGUCUCCUUUUUUUUGUAAUUGUCACAGGUUCAUAUUCCAGGGUCCCUAUGUACUUUUUCCUCAGCCAGCUCUCUUUCAUAGACAUCUGCCAGACUUCUAGCAUUGUCCCCAAAAUGUCCAUGGAUUUUUGGAAAAAAGACAAUACAAUUUCACUGGCUGGAUGCGGGACUCAGAUUUUUUCCACCAUCAUGAUGGGAGGAGCAGAGUGCCUCCUACUGACCGUCAUGUCUUAUGACAGGUACCUGGCCAUCUGCAAACCGUUGCACUAUCCAGUUCUCAUGAGCAGGAGGGUAUGUGUGACUAUGUCAGGUGGAGUCUGGUUUGGGGCGAUUCUUCAUUCAAUCGUGCACACUUUUUGUGUGCUCCAGUUGCCUCUCUGUAAGUCUAAUAGAGUGAAUCAGUUCUUCUGCACAAUCCAAGCUCUGCUGAAAUUAUCUUGUUCUGAAACAUCCACCUAUGAAAAUUGGUUGUUCCUAACUGGCAGUAUAUUACUCUUGGGCCCCUUUUCCAUCAUCCUGGCUUCCUACAUCUCUAUCCUUUUGACGGUCCUGGGAAUGCAAUCAUUGGAAGGAAGGCAUAAAGCAUUUGGUACAUGUCUCUCCCACCUCUGUGUGGUGGGGCUCUUCUAUGGGGCAGCAAGUUUUAAAUAUAUGAGACCCAGGUCUUACCGAACACCAGAACAGGAUAAGGUGGCCUCUUUGUUCUGUGACAUUGUGACUCCCAUGCUGAAUCCCUUGAUAUAUAGUUUGAGGAACCGUGAUGUGCUAGCAGAACUGCGAAAGCACAUUCAGAAAUGUAAGUUACAUACUUAG